AUGGAUUCCGCUUCAGAGGAUAAAAAUUGGGCCACCAAAUAUCUCCUCGACCCUUUGAACGAACCAGAGCCCAGUGAAGAAACUGGUCCCGGAACACACUUCAGCAGACCCCAAGAAACCAAAGGCCCAACCGUCUCAGCAUCAUCCAGAGACUCCAAAGCUCCAACAUCAACGAGCUACCCCACGCCUCCAGCAUCAGCAAGUCCCACCAGAUCCUCUUUCCACCCAUCAAACCCGUACUCUCCAUCCCACCGGCAAACCGCAUUCGGAGACUACGCUCAAGCCGGAUCAAGCCGGAGAAGCUCAGACGAACCCCUUGGUAACGGCAAAGGACGCCGACGAGGAAGUUCCCUUGGUGAACGUUUUCCAGGCGAUAUGUCUCACCGACCUCUCGACCAGCUGCGUAAGGAGACGAAAGCCGCACAUCGCUCGCCACAUUUGAGAAAAAAGCAUAUCCCUGGAACAGACACAAUUGAUGGAUUGGAUAGAACUGGCGGAACAUACCAUCACGAGGGCCCCUACGAUGCUACUCUGCUGUCCAGAAAUACAAGCUAUAACAGCUCUCCCGUUGCCGCUGUAGCCGCCUCGAAUGCAGAAGCCUUGAGAGCUACACCAAGGGAGAACAUUAAAGAUUCUCUAGACAAACAUGUUCCAUUGCAAGGCACAGCUGUCAUUCCACCCGGAAUGGCCGGUUUGGACGGCAAAGUGAUGAAUUACAAUGAAGGUGCCGAUCUGAUGAGGGAGCCGGAUGCUGCGGGUGGAGCCUACAAACGAUGGCCGGAUGUGAAAUACCUUCCCGAAGACUAUAAAGGCAAAGGCGAACCCUCCUUCUCCAUCGAAAGGGCUAUCAAAGACCACGACAAAGCACAUUCCCAUCGCCGGUUCGUAUCCGAGGGCGGCAAUGCCUUCGAAAUGCAACCUACUUCCCGCCAGCGCAGCGCUAGUGGCAGCGGCGCCGAUCUUGGAGGUCCCGGCAAGCCAGCGAUGGCUUCUGUGAAUUUUGAGAACAAUAUGCAGAGGAGCCAUAGCACGGGCCGAAAGGUCGGCGACGGGUUGAGGAAACGAUUCGGCAGCUUGAGGCUUCACAAAAAGCACCAAGCGGAUGCUUGA